AUGUCAAUUGAAACUGCAGUGCUGAAUUCCGGAGCGCAAGGUGCUAUGGUAUCUUUACCGCAAAGCUUUUGCUUUUCCGGUAACCAGAUUGGAAACUGCAACAUAUCUUCAGGAAUGGCCUCUAACCAUGCAAAUAAUGGAGCAACUCAUUUGAACGCAGUCUCCAUUGGCUCAAUGUUUGGUGUCACAACAGAUGGAUUAUCACAACAGUUUGUUCAACCUUUGACUAUUCAACAACAGCAGUCUCUGGCUUUACCAGUAAAUCAGCAGCAGCAGCAGACACAACAGUUGUCUGUCCCCCAUGCCCUAACUCUUGGACAGGGCAUGAGUUUGAUGUCUCAGUCUCUGCCAUUAGGACAGAUUGUGUGUUCAACUGUAGCAACACCACUCAGUUUUAUGAAUCCUACCAUUUUCACCAUGUCCAGUGCAGCUGGACAUCAAAACCAGUAUAUAUCAAACUCAUUUGCCCAGUUUCCACUUGUUCUGGGUAACCAGCAGAGUAUUUUUACAGGUAUCAAUACUGCUGCGGCCCUCACCUCCCAAACUAAUGAAAGUGUUCCGGUUUCACAGAUGUCCAGGGUUUCACAGGCUGCUCACAUUGAAAUGACAAAUUGCCUGGGAACUGGGCACUUGUCCAGUAAUUCAAUGACUGUGAGUGAAAUUUCCAGCAAUCCAGCUUCUCUGAGCUCACAGCCAGUAUCGGUGUUCUCAUUUGCUUCACCGGCCCUAAGUAUUGCUACAUCAAUGAAGCCAGUGGUGACCCACAGCCACCCAUCACCAGAUACCACCAUUGUUAGCCAGUCCAUGCAUGUGGAUCAGAGCUGCAGUGAAGUCGCAGUUACCAGUGUGGACACUACAAAUCUGGUCAGCAGCAGCACACAUACUUCCUUUUUACCGCUCUCAGUGGCCCCUGUUAACCAAUUUCCUGAAUUUGAUUUCAAAAAAGCAACCCAAAAUAGCACCAGAACAGAAAAUGGUCUAUCCGAUAAAACUGUUACCGCCCCACAGUCAUCUGUACCGAAGCUAAAUGUGGGCCAUGCUCGUAUGAAAUUCACACCAGUUGACUCAGAAAAUAGAGCCACAUCUGUCUGUAAUAGUUACUCAGAUGGUUUACAUGAUGAGUAUGCGGAUUUAAUCGACAAUGGUGAAGAGGAUGAUUAUUCUGCUUCUGGACUUGGGGGGUUAGGUGACAGAGUUUCUCCGGAUGAUCACUUCCAGCCUUUACAUGUAAAACUGGAACCGUAUGAAAAUGAUGAUGAUGAUGAACCAGACGAUGGCAGCAGUAAACAGUCCACCUCACCUGGUGGACUGGAAGUAGCUAGGGAGACUGACCACCAAGGAAAUACUGCCAGGAUAAAUGCUCAAGGGAACUUGACAGACGUUGAGGACCUAGAUGAUACCGAGUUUGUUUGGGAAGAUUAUCUUCGAGAAACUGGAUCAGCAGCAGUUCCACCUACAGCAUUCAAACAUGUUGAAACCAGUUUGCAGAGUGGGUUUUCCAAAGGAAUGAAGCUUGAAGCUCCAAACAAACACAUUCCAGAUACCUACUGGGUUGCAACAAUUGUCAUGACCUGUGGACCUCUGCUCAGACUCCGUUACGAAGGUUACAAUGACAACAGCUCAGCAGACUUUUGGAGUGAUCCUAUGACAUCUGAUAUUCAUCCCAUAGGAUGGUGUGAAGAGAACAGUAAAACACUGCAGCCUCCAGAAGGUGCAACACCAGUUGAUCAGAUUAAAGAAGGGAUGAGGCUGGAGAUUCAAGAUGAACUAAAACCUAAUCAGCUUUGGUUGGUGAGGAUCAUGGAAAACAUUGGAGGCCGGCUUUGUUUGCGCUACGAAGGCAUAGAUGGUGCUAGUUGUGAUCUGUGGUUGUUUUACUUACAUGAAAGACUUCAUCCUAUUGGCUGGUGUAAACAGGCGGGGUAUAAUUAUUCACCUCCUUCAGUUGUAAAGAUGAAAUCCAAUAAGACAGAAAAAGAGUUGAUGAAAAUCCUUGAUAUCAGCCUGGCUGAUGCAGUAAAGCAAAAUCUUCCUGCUGAUAUAUAUCACGACCAACAUGAGAUAGAGCAGCACAAAUUUGAGGUAGGCAUGAAGCUUGAGGCAGUGGACGGUAGUAAUGGCUAUAGCAUCUGUCCAGCCACUGUUACAGAGGUGAUUGACUCCAAGUAUUUUAUCAUUGAAAUUGACAGUCUGAUAGGAUCAAGCAUGGAGAAGAAAGCUCAGUUUUGCUGCCAUCGGAACACACCAACAAUCUUCCCUGUUAACUGGGCAUCCACUAGGGGAAUCAAGCUGGCCACUCCAUUGGGUUGGCCAGAGAGCGAGUUUCGAUGGGACAACUACUUGAAAUCCUGCAAGGCUACAGCUGCACCUGCCCAUUUCUUCAAUUUAGGUGUUCCAGAACAUGAAUUUGAGUGUGGUAUGAAACUAGAAGCAGUAAAACCCAGUCAGCCAACUCAGAUUUGUGCAGCAACCAUCACAAACAUUGUGGAACAUCUCAUGUGGAUUCACUUAGACAGCAGCAAGCGAAUGAUGGACAGCCAUGUUGAGAGUGUCAACUCACUGAAUCUCUUCCCUGUAGGAUGGUGCGUUAGUGUGGGUUAUCAGUUGCUGCCUCCAUGCAGAAUGGGGGGAGGCAGUGCAGGUCGGAGACGGAUAGCAGUGGUACAGCCAGAAAUGGCCGAUAAUCAAAGGGAAAAGUCACAGAAUCCCAGCAACAGUGGAAAAGAGCUUUUUGGCGGACCCCAAAUAUAUUUCAACCAUCGCUGCUUCUCUGGACCAUACCUGAACAAAGGGCGCCUGUCAGAACUGCCUCGCAGUGUGGGACCAGGACCAGUUGCCUUGGUGAUGAAAGAGGUUCUAACCUUGCUGAUCAACACAGCAUACAAGUCCAGCCGGGUCCUGAGAGAGCUGCAGCUGGAUGGUAUGCCAGGUCCCGGCAUGACCCAGCAGUUGUUGAAAGCAAAGUAUAAGGGCAAGAGCUAUCGAGCAUGGGUAGAGAUCUGCUGCACAGCUGGCCAGUUAGAAGAGUUCUGCCGGAGAGUGUGCCUCAAGCUGGAGUGUUGCCCAAACCUCAUGAGUCCUUAUUUUGUCAACGACAUUUGUUCUGAAAAUUGUGGUGGGCUUACCAAGACUAAAUAUACUUAUUAUUAUGGAAAACGGAAGAAAAAAAUUGGGAGACCCCCUGGAGGACACAGUAACCUGGAGAAAGGGCAGAAGAAGCCAGGCAAACACCGAAAGAGAAAAAAGCUUGAUGUGAUCAGCAAGCAGUCAGAGUUAAUACCUCAGGAGCAGGAAGAUAAUGCUGAAGAUGAUAAG